GGAAGUUGUCAGGCUGUCACUCGGGAAUGUACGGGAAGAAAGUGGCGAACCCUCUGCUGAGAUUGAACGAUCACAAAAGCGCAGCACAGCGGAUGUACAAUGGCCUGUUCAACCAUAAGGUCAUGUGGGGACAGUGAGCAGGCCACCGCUAUGUCAAAGACCUCUUUCAGCUCAGAGGAAGGAGUGGACUCAUCUAUACUGUAGAGAUGGGUCUUGGGGAGUGCCUGAAGUCCCAGGUCCUGUGCCAAGUGCUCAUUAGCUACGUGUUCCUGGCCAGUGGUCUGCUCAUCAACCUGCUACAACUGUGCACCCUGCCCGUGUGGUGGCUCAACAAGUCACUGGCUCGCCGCAUCAACUGCAGGCUGGGCUACUGCAUCAGCAGCCAAUCGGUGGCAAUCUUGGAUUGGUGGUCUGGGACUGAGUGCACACUGUACACAGACCCCAAGAUGUACCCUUUGUACGGAAACGAGAACGGCAUAGUGGUCCUCAACCAUCAAUUUGAGAUAGACUUCAUGUGUGGAUGGAGCUUCUGUGACAGAUUCGGUGUUCUGGGGAGCGCCAAAGUUUUAGUUAAGAAAGAGUUGGCGUAUGUGCCAGUGAUUGGCUGGAUGUGGUACUUCCUGGAGAUCGUGUUCUGCAAGAGGAAAUGGGAAGAGGACCGCAUCACAGUGUCUCAGAGCCUGCAGAAACUGCGGGAUUACCCAGAAAACUUUUGGUUCUUGCUCUUUUGCGAGGGAACACGCUUCACAGCAAAGAAGCACCAGAUCAGCAUGGAGGUGGCAGAGAAAAAGGGCCUGCCUAAACUCAAACAUCACCUUCUGCCAAGAACCAAAGGAUUCUGGGUAACGAUUCAAAACCUCAGGGGCACAGUGGCGGCCGUGUACGACUCCACAUUGAACUUCAGGAAUAACGAGAGUCCCUCUCUGUCAGGAAUACUCAGCGGGAAGAAAUAUUAUGCCGAUCUAUAUGUCAGGAGAAUCCCCCUAGAGUCCAUCCCAGAGGGAGAGGCUGAGUGUGCAGCAUGGCUCCACAAGCUCUACCAAGAGAAGGACGGCUUCCAGGAGCAGUAUAUCCAGACGGGGCGCUACCCAGGUCCCAUCGUGAGCGCCCCAAGGCGUCUCGGGCCUUUGAUCAACUGGCUGUGCUGGUCGGCCCUGGUGCUUUUCCCCCUCGGAGCUUUCCUGGUUUCCCUGCUGAGCUCCGGCUCAACCCUCACCAUCCUGGCCUCGCUGGCCUUCUGCUAUGGAGCCUCGCUGCUAUUCCGAUGGAUGAUUGGCCAGACGGAGAUCAGCAGGAGCUCAGGUUACGGCAAUAAGGUGAACAGCAGCAGCUGAAAAACCAUGUCCAAAACGAACAACAAGAAUCCGCCCACUACUACGGACAUGGUGGGGCGAGCAGACAGGCAGACCUGCUGGGCAGACCUAUUCCUGCAAGCUUCCCAGCACGUGGAACCAGCGAAAGAUUUACCCUGGAUAGUUCUCGGGCCGUUGGGUUUGCUUUGGUGAACAAGAAUAAGAAAUGAGCAGGAAAGGUAUGAGCCCAGCUGGGGUCAAGGGUUUUUUUGUUCACAAAAAUAAAGAACGAGAAACACUAUGAGUCUUACUAUACCAUUCACACAGACAAAAUCCUUCUCACAUUUUAUGUUAUUUAUUUUUAUUGUUCAUACACUGAGAGCAGCCGAGGACCAAAAGUUGAGUGAGUGAGAGAGUGAGUGAGUGAGUGAGUGAGUGAGUGAGUGAGUGAGUGAGUGAGUGAGUGAGUGAGUGAGUGAGUGAGUGAGUGAGUGAGUGAGUGAGUGAGUGAGUGAGUGAGUGAGUGAGUGAGUGACGUAUACAUACAUACAGAAACAAACAUCCGUACAAAUAUGCAAAAAUACAUACACACUUACUGCAGAUGCAAAUUUGCCUUAGGCUAACUCUGGUGGAAUGUAUUAACAAUUAAUAAUUUAUGUUUUUAAUUGCACAUGGUCCCUUUCAAAUAAAAUAAAAUAAAAUAAAUUCAAACGUACAAAUACUGUGGGGGUUUGUGUGUGAU